AUGAAUGGCACUGACAGCAUGCCCCCUGACCAGACGGGGUGGGCCACCCCACCUGUUCUCAGCGCUGCCGGUCGCGCGGGGCCCAGGAAGAGGAAGCAGACCACCUCCAGCCGCGGGCAACUAAGCGAGCUAGAGCGCAUCUUCACUGCCUUGCCCUACCCAGACCUCGGCACCCACGAGCGCCUGGCCCAGGUGAGCAGCUGCGGAGGACACGUGAAGUGGCGCCCCGCUGGGCGCCUGGUCACUCCUGCCUCACCGCACCCUUCCUCUACCCCCUCCCAGGUCUGGUUCCAGAACCACCUUGCCUGGAGGACCAAAAACAGCACUGCCCUCCGUCGUCGCCCCACGGCCCUCCGCGACCGGCAGCCCAGCCCGGGAAGCUCCAUUCGCAAGCCCACCGCGCUCCCGCCGCUGCCCUGCAGCUGGCAGGCUGUGGCGGGGCCAUCCCAGAGGCUCCGUCGAGAAGCAGGACGAGGCCACCUCCUGGACCAGCCUUUCGGGCUGCUGGGCGACCCUUCCCGGACCGCGCACCUCUCUGGGGCCCACCUCAGAGCCCGUCUACAGCGCGGCGCUGGUAGCCAACUUCCGGGAGCCCUGAUGCCGGGGAGGACAGCGUGGGGAGCACCGGCAUGGCCAGCCCACACCUUCCCCCCAAUCCAUCCCAUGUUGGCACGGCACAGCCCCGGGGGGGUGGGUCCUUGCUGCAGGCCGCAACCUAAAGACCCCCCCCCCGCCACUGCCUCUGGCCCUGCUUAG